GUCCCAGUUGGAAUUGUCAUUUGAAAAUCACGUUACAUGCUCCCGAGUUGUAGUUAAUUGCGUUCAAUACAUCCAUUAUGUCACCGAGACUAUUCAAACUCACCAUCGGAUUCGUAAUUCUCGCAUUCAUUUCCUCUGGACAGGCCCAUGGUGUUAACGGAGGGACGGAGUGUGCAGCUUGCACGUUGCUAGUGUCUUUGGGAGAGCAGUUGGCCCAACUCCACAAUGAUACGGUUGUAGAUUCACUCUUUAAACUCUGCGACUUGCUUCCCAGUACUUAUGACAUUCCAUGCCGGGUCGUUGUUGCCUUAGCCGCACCAACUUUAAUCAAAGUAUUUGAAGAAGACGUUAAUGCUGAUGUAGCGUGUCAUGCUAUUGGAAUCUGUAGGACGGAUCCGGGUCAGAAAGAGUGCCGCAUCUUCCAGAAGACAUCCACAAUACGAAGAAAACUAGAUCAUAUAAAUCCCAUUUGGAAAGAGGAAAUCGAUAAACAUACGGUCAAGCAAAUACGAAGCAAUAUAUGUGAUUCCCUUCCAGUUUUGAAAGCAUUGUGCAGAGAAAUAUAUACGAAGCUAGAUGACCACCUUCCAGUGCAGGACCUGGACAAUGAUAAAUUUAGUGAAAUUAAGACACUGCGUGGGUCGUAUUGGCGGGGGAGAGAUUGCAACGACGGACAGGCCGACUUCUACCCUGGGCGAAAACCGGUGGAUGAUGAUAUAGUUGAAGAUUCGAACUGUAAUGGCAUAAUGGGUGUUGAUCCGAAAUCGGGAAAAUCUUACGAGGAAUUAUUUUGUAAAGGCAGUCGACCAAUGGGAUUGGCUAUACUUGGUGAUUCAGCAACGGCACACUUUCAUAUUCCUGUGAAUUGGUUUACUCCCGCUGAAAUUAACAAGGAUAUUUUCAAAGAGAUGCCUAUGGUGAUUGAAAACGAAUUUGAUUGGCCACAAGUUUCAUACUCGACAGGUUUCAUGAACACUUCCACUUGGAAAACAAUUGAGGGACCUACUGACUCGUUAUAUCUACGUAUGCGUCAACGAAACCUAUGCAACCACAGAGAUUACCAGAAUAUUGGUGUUAAUGGUGCAACAACCGUUUCGAUGAACAGGACAGUUCAAUAUAGCCUUGCACGUGACCAAAAGGCCGACAAACCAUUAGUGGUGAUUUAUUCGUUGCUCGGAAAUGACGUAUGUAAUGGGCACCCGGACACUAUUGAUCACAUGACCAAACCAGCAGAAAUGAAAGCGAGUGCAUUAUCGUCGUUGAAAUACUUGGACAAAGUACUUCCAAACGGCAGUUUGGUGUUGAUGACGGGAAUGGUGGACGGACGAAUACUGUACGACACGUUAGCAAACAGGUUUCAUCCUUUAGGCCAACUCAAUCAGGACGUCCGCUACAGGGACAUCUAUGAGUAUCUAUCUUGUCUGCAGGUAUCGCCAUGCAACGGAUGGCUCUCCACCAAUGAAACUCUCAGAAAUAUUACAUCAGAGAGGGCAAGGCAACUUAGCGAGGCAGUUAAAGAGGCAUCGCAGAGUCAGAUGUUCGCAAAUUUUAGAGUAGAAUAUAUAGAUUUUGAUUUUCACGUUGUAAUCAAUGCCUGGAAGAAACAAGGAGGCAAGGCAUGGGAGCUUAUCGAACCUGUGGAUGGGUUCCACCCAAACCAGUUCGCCCACGCACUCACAGCGGACUACAUAUGGAAAACACUUGAAGAUAAGUUUCCAGACGAAUUUGGAAAAAUCAACCCAAACAAUGAGAACAUUCUCAAAAUAUUUGGUGAUCAGAACGGCUAUUGAAUCUCGUCAUUCAGUUGAGACUGUAAAACGCGUCUUUCAAGAUUCCAAAGUCUUGUUAACACUAAAUCUAAAUUUUCGAUACCUUAUACAUUUAUAUGCUGAACCACUAAUUACUUCAUCAGCCUUUUGCGCACAGUUAUUUCUAGCACGCCCCAAACGCACUAAAAUUAUAAUUAAAUUGUAUUAAAUAAUAUGCAAGUUAACUACCGUCAUUUGAAACAAAAUCGAUAAUACACCAUAUCUCUUAAUUGAAGCAUAUCAAAAAUAUAGUUUAUAGACCCACGUUUUAAGGUGUUAUAUAUCAUGAAUAACAUUUUGAUAUAGGCCUAUGCAUAUUCCACAAAUUGAUAACAGGGUUUAAUAUUGAAAAUAAAUUGUUUAAUUUAGACACAUUUUUUCAAUGAAUUAUACAUCCAGAAUGUAAAAUUAAUGAGGUAUGUAUUAUUUUUUUAUUUCUAGAAUAAGCUGAUGCUAAAGGGUAAUAUAUUUUUUCAAUUGUGAUGUAAGUUUGUUUGGAGAAGCUUUGGUAAGAGCAUUAAAAUGUUGUGUCAUUGACGUUUUUUGUAAAAUCAGACUAAAAAUUGUACUCUUGAUUAUUGCUAUCAUAAAUAAAUUCAUUGAGAAACAGA